AUGUCCAAGACGUUUGCCCUUGUGGCGCUCUUCUCCUCCCUUGCCGCUGCAAACCUGUAUCAGGUUCCCAUUGGUUCCCAACCAUUUCCUAUCGAUUACGAUUUUACGACGAACUGGGAUGACGAUUCGUGUACGAUUAGCAGGAGCAAGGCCUUCGAUAUCCUCGAAGGCCCCAACACGUUUUCCACGGCGGCGGACGCUCACAUCAACUCGCCCAAGAUCACGCCCUUGAUCAACAGGACCAACUGGGAGCAGUGGGAAUUCGACGGCCUCUCUCACAACGGCCUGUCCUUGUUCCUAACGUCAUUCUCCCGGGACUAUUCGUACCACUUCUUCGGCAAGGGAAAUCUGCGCAUGGAAGUCUACAUGAAUCUCGCCGACGGCACGUCGGUCCGGGAGCUCGACUACGUCGAUGAGUCCAUCGUCAUCGACUGCCCCACCUACACGGCCGGCAUCUGGAACAGCUCCGACAAGUCGUACUCGUUCCAUGCCACCAAGGACCUGAAGCACAUCAAGCUCAUGUUCGACUCGUGGAGGGUCAACGGCACCUACAAGCUGUCGGCCACCACGCCUCCCGUCCACGCCGACGGCUCGCUCUGGGACCCGGAGGGCGGGGACAAGCCCGGCGUGACCGAACUCUCGCCCGGGCUCUAUUACAGCAUCCCCGUGGUCAGCGGCGAGAUGGAGGUGGACGCCGUCGUAUCGGGGGGCAGGAAGCUGGGCUUCCGCGGCAGGGGUGGCUCUACCCGCCUCUGGGCCAGUGACGGCUGGCUCGGCAUCACCGAGGGCUGGAAAGCCAUCCGGGCCUGGGCGGGGCCCUACACCUUUACCUACUGGCACGUGACUUCCAGGAAGGACUGGGGCACGAUGUUCUACUCGGGUCACCUAUUCUACAACGACCAGCUCCUGGUCGGCACGCGCGUCGGAAACGUAUCCGACACCGGCGAUUACGCCCGCAUCACCGCCAACUUUGACGCCGGCAUCUCGGGGAGGUUUGCCGACAAGAACACGGGCAACACCUUGGAGUUUGUCUCGCCGUCCCGGGACAAGAAGUGGCGGUUCGAGCUGGAGCACAUCCUGGUACAAUACGAGAUGGGUGUCGGUAACGGGGACGGCCUGAGCGGGUUCGCAAACCGCGUCGUUGGCGGCGAGGUUGGCGGCCUUCAGUACGAAGGGCGGGGCCAGACAGAGCAGACCCUCUUCCCCGAAUACGUCUCACAGUGGGUCACCUGGCUGAUAUUUGGCGUCGGGUUCUUGGGCCCCGGGAAAGACUACGCUCUCGAGUUUGUCAGCUGGUUCUUCUAG